AUGUCUACUGGUCUUUCAACUUCUGGAUCCCUUACUGGGAACGCACUGGAAGGUACCACUAUCCAAAAAAGAGGCAACAUUGCCACUUUAAAGACUCAAUCCUCUAACUUGGUUGCGUUAGAUACUUAUGGUAAUGAGUUCAAGGCUCCAGAUUAUUCUAUUAAAGAUAUCUUACUGGCUAUUCCAACGCAUUGCUAUGAAAGAAGAUUAACUACUUCUUUCUAUUAUGUGUUUAGAGAUAUUCUCCUGUUGGUUACCGUUGGCUACAUUGGUAAUACAUUUAUUCCUUUAUUACCUUCUGUUUAUUUAAGAUUUGCCGCCUGGGGGGUUUACACCUAUAUCCAAGGUUUGAUCCUGACGGGUAUUUGGGUUCUUGCUCAUGAAUGUGGCCAUCAAGCCUUUUCUGAUUACGGAUUGGUCAAUGAUACCGUUGGCUGGAUAUUGCAUUCUUACUUGUUGGUUCCUUACUUUUCUUGGAAGUAUUCUCAUGGUAAGCAUCACAAGGCCACAGGUCACAUAACCAGAGAUAUGGUUUUCGUUCCCAAGACUAAGGAAAAGUUCUUGAAAGCCCGCCAUGCCUCUCGUUUGGAAGAAAUUGCUGGAGAUGCUCCUUUGUAUACCUUGAUGGACUUGUUAACUCAACAAUUGGGUGGAUGGAUCAUGUAUUUGUGGACCAACGUAACUGCUGGUCAAGGCUACGGGUUCUGGAGCCACUCUCAUUUUAACCCCACUGCACCUAUCUUUGAAACCAGAGACUACUGGUACAUUGUUCUUUCUGACUUGGGUAUUGCCAUUCAAUUGUUUGUUUUAUACAACUGGUAUCAAUAUUUUGGUGGAUUCAACUUGUUUGUUAACUGGUUUUUACCUUACAUUUUCACCAAUCAUUGGUUGGUAUUUAUUACCUUUUUGCAACAUACCGGACCUGAAAUGGCUCAUUAUGACGCUAAAGAAUGGAACUUUGCUAGAGGUGCAGCUGCUACCAUUGAUCGUGAAUUUGGUUUCGUUGGUGAAUACCUUUUCCAUGACAUUAUUGAAACCCAUGUCUUGCACCAUUAUUGCUCUCGUAUUCCCUUCUACAAUGCUAGAGAGGCUUCUGAAGCUAUCAAGAAGGUUAUGGGUACCCACUACAUGCACUCUGACGAAAACAUGUGGGUCAGUUUGUGGAAAUCUGGCAGAUGGUGCCAAUAUGUUGAUGGUGACAACGGAUUGUUGAUGUAUAGAAACACCAACAACUUGGGAAUGGGAACCAAGAACACUAAGGAUUAA